AUGCCUGCACCAGGCAUGUCUGAAAAAGUUGGCAGGUCUGACCCUGAUGUUCUUGACGAGCUUCAGGCCAACCAUAAAACACAGCAGCGACUGAGAGUGCUUCUGCAGAAGAUCGUCUCUCCAUCACUCGAGAUUGUUGUUACUCAUUUCUUUGUAUUACUCGCUCGUCAGUGGACAUUCUCACAAACUCUUAAAUCGUGGUUCAAAGCUUCUCUUACAGACUUAACUGUCCAGAUUUCACUUGGUUUCUUAGAUUCCUCCAACUUUGUAACGGUGCAAGCUAAAUUUACACAAAGUCAUGACAAGGAGAUCUUAAAAGACAUAAAGAAUGAACAACUAGAGUUUCAAAAGGAAUUUUUUAAGUUUGAUGAGGACUUUGAGUAUGGUGCUGAAUUACCACAUAUCUUUGUCAGAGAUUGGGCACAGUGCCAAAGAAAGUUGAUUGAGAGAUUUUCAUCUGUAAUAGGAGAUAUUCAUUUUAACAAGUCAAAUACAGUAAACAAGACUUUGCUACAGUGUGUGUAUGAAACUGUUGAUAAACCUAAUGCUCCCAAUUACGCUUUGCUGUUGUUGUGGGCAACACAAGCAAAUGCUGUUCCUGCAUCAUUCUGGACUCUUGUUUUUGUUCUCUCAAAUACUUCAUUACAUAGAAGACUGGUGAACGAAGUUGUUGACGUUUUUCCUAGAAGUCGUAAUCUAGUAUCAGAACCAGCUACUAAAGAUGAUGUAAGGCGCCUCACUUUCACCAAGAGUUGUGUUCUGGAGAGCAUUCGGCUUGUAUCCCCUGGAAUGAUAACUCGGAAGCUGACCGAACCACUCAAGCUUACAUGUUAUACUGUACCUAAAGAUCACUAUUUGGUCCUGUCGCCUUAUUGGUGCCACAGAAACAAGGCUUUGUUUCCAAACCCAGAGAUGUUUGACCCAGAUCGCUGGAAUUCUGUUUUGUUGGAGAAGAAUUUGUUUCUUGAUGGAUUUGUUGCAUUUGGAGGAGGGCGUUUUAUGUGUCCAGGAAGGUGGUUUGCAUUGAUGGAAAUGCAACUGAUCAUAGCUGCUGUCAUUCAUCAGUUUCACUUGGAACUAGUGGAUUCAGUUCCGGAUGCUAGCACACUUCACUUAGUAGGUGUCCAGGCACCGAAGGCAAAGUGUAGAGUAAGAAUGCAACGAAGUAAUGACACUGAUUGAAAGAUGAGGUGAAUUCGCGGCAAGGUUGUUAAUAAGAAUCUUACUGUUGAAUUACACGUUAUUUGGAAAACCGUUUUGCAUGCAAAUGUUGUUGUUGAAGGCUGUUUGUGUAGACUAUUUGAGACAUUUAGAGAUCAGUCUUGAUGUUGAGUCAUCAUUUGCAUGCUGUCAGCUUGACUUGUGCUUGUUUAGUAUAGAGGACAAUAUGGGUGUUUCUGUGUGCU